UAGUAUUUUUGCAAACGCAUAUCUGUUGUAUAUUUUCGAAGCCCAUCUUAUAUUUCGACUGUCAUUAGUGCAAAUAUAUUUGGCUGUAAUUAUUCCACAGUGAAAAAAAUAAACUCGCUCUUUCUGAUACGAAGAACAUAAAAAAAUCACUAACUCAAUAUCGUAAAAAAAGCGUAAUAAGCCAAAGAACGAAUAUCAAUUAAUGAACACCUAACCUAAUCUAACCUAACCCUUUUGGUUAUCCUUUUUUUUUGCAUAGAAAAGUGCAAUUUGGCAUGAUUUUAAUUGAUAACGAACAUAGUACAACAUCAUCUUUAUUGUUAAUGAGAUACUAAUUAAUUCUACACUUUCGCAGUCGGAAAAGAAAAUGAGUGAGACUCCAACAAAUGAUGUGCCUGAAAGCAAUGGUGCAAUGGAACAGUCUGCUUACAAUGGUGAGGCAGAAGAACAUGCUGCUAAGUCUCCAGGAAGUACAGAAGAGAAAGCACCAGAUUCGGUAUGUGAUAAUGGUAUAAAAAGGAAUGCCAUUCCCACUGGCAAUAGUAAUGCACCAAAUAGAACAAAAAAACGCAAGAAGACUCCAAGAGACGCUACAGCGCCGAAACAACCUUUGAGUGGUUAUUUCCUGUUUUUAAAUGACCGGAGAGAGAAGGUUCGAAGCGAAAAUCCAAGUUUAACAUUCACAGAGAUUACAAAGCUUCUGGCUUCUGAGUGGAGUAAAUUACCGGGUGAUCAGAAACAACAAUAUUUGGAUGCAGCUGAGCAAGAUAAGGAGCGCUACAAUCGCGAAUUUAGCAACUACAAGCAAACAGAAGCAUAUCGGCUCUUCAAUGAAAAACAAUCAGAAAGACAAAACGAAAAUAAGAAAGAAAGAAAUGGCACUGACGUAAACGUCGAGCAAAAUGAUGUCCAACAAGAUAAGGACAACGAUUUCACAGGUUUUGACAUCCCUAUUUUUACAGAAGAAUUUUUGGAUCAUAAUAAAGCCUGUGAAGCUGAAUUGAGACAAUUGCGGAAAGCUACAUCCGAUUACGAAUCUCAGAAUGCAGUUCUCCAGCGACACAUCGACAGUCUGCAUGCUGCUGUGAAUCGCUUGGAAUCCGAAACUAAUCAACAACGAACGAACAAUCAAGCUCUACAGCGCAAUUUAGAUUCUCUUCGUUCUCAAUUGGCAGGUUGCUUCGCUACCAUACCGCUUCCAGGCACGCAUGAUGGUGCUACAUUACAAAAUAUCGACAGUUACUUCGAAAGGCUGGAAUCGUUAUUGAGCGGUAAUGUCGAACAAAGUUUACGUAAUGCUGUACGCAAUGCUGUGUCUCGCCUAGAGUUAAUUGGAUGACAAUCGCCUCCGGGUAAUACAUCAUUAAAACAUCAUCGUUCGAGGCAUUCACAUCGAAAGUAGUGAAAAAAGUUUGUUUUCGAUGAUGUAUAAAUUCCACUUUUUUCUACCUCGUUGGUAGGAUCAAUAUGAUUACCAAUUAUUUAAUGAAUGAUUACAUGUAUAUCGCAGCUGA